AUUUGCAUACUGAGGCAAACAAUCUUAAGCCAGAAGAUUUGGAAUGGCUUAUUGCUCAAGUUCCGACUUCAAAACCCAAAUACCCGACGAGUUGCUCAUUGCUCGAAUUACCCGAAUUCAUGAUACUAUAUCUAAGCUUGCCUCUUUAAGACCUUCAAAGGAAGUGAACAGCCUCUUCUCUCAACUUGUCAGCUUAUGUAUCCUCCCUUCUACCAUAGACAUUGCUUACUUACCGAAAGAAGUUCAAGAAAUGCGUAGAAGCCUUAUCGAUCUUAGCGGCCGAGCUGAAGGGCUAUUAGAGCUUGAAUUUGCAACAUUCUUGAUCAAAAUUUCUAAGCCUUUGAACAACCUCAAUCUUUUCCCUUACUAUGAUAACUAUGUCAAACUAACCAACUUGGAGCAUAAGAUUCUAAGCGAAAAUGGUGUCGUGCGGCCCAAGAAAGUAGCCUUUAUAGGGUCUGGUCCGAUGCCUCUAACUUCAAUUAUAAUGGCGACCCGUCAUUUGAAAUCGACUCACUUUGAUAAUUAUGAUCUCGAUGAGGCUGCUAACGACAUGGCUCGUGAGAUUGUGAGUUCUGAUAGUAAAUUGGAGAAGAGAAUGAAGUUUGAGACAUGUGAUGUAAUGGAAGUGACAGAGAAGUUAAGAGAAUAUGAGUGUAUUUUCUUGGCAGCUUUGGUUGGGAUGGAAAAAGAAAAUAAAAUAAAGAUUAUUGAACAUAUAAGGAAAUAUAUGAAAGGAGGAGGAAUAUUGUUAGUUAGAAGUGCAAAUGGUGCAAGAGCUUUUCUUUACCCUGUUGUUGAUCAACAGGAUUUGGUUGGUUUUGAAAUUCUUUCCAUUUUUCAUCCUACAGAUGAUGUAGUCAACUCUGUUGUUCUUGCGAGGAUGGUAAACUUUUGAACAUUUUUUUUCUUCUUUGAGGAAAAAUUAGAUGUUCUUGUGUUGUGUUUUUAUUAUUGCAAUAUGUUUUUAAGGUUUUUCUUUGAGUUCUUAAUGAGAAUGUUAUACUUCUAUUCUGUA